CUCGGGGGGGCAUUGAUUGACGGCCGUCGCCUCACAGCGCCUCUCUCUCUCUCUCAGCCUCCCUUUCUCGGCCCCGGAGAGCCCGAGCCGGACCUCCACAGCCUGAGGAUGAUGAUGGGCUCCCGGCGGAGGCCUUUGGGCCGCUCCUUCUCGGGGAACGGGCCCGGGCCCGGCGGGGGAAGCAGCGACGGCGAGGACAUCCAUCCGGGCCCCCUCCGCGAGCAGCGCCCCGACCGCCGCAGUUAUCUCCUCAGCGUCAGGCCCGAGAACAGCUUACUCAUCAACCGAUUAUCUCCCUCCAGCACUGGAAGGAGCACCUUCUGCGCCAUCAUUGCUCAGCUGACAGAGGAGACGCAGCCUCUUUUCGAAACCACGCUCAGGUCGUAUGCGGUGUCUGAGGACGCGGAUGCCAAAUUCACGUGCGUCGUGACAGGUUACCCCCAGCCAGAAGUGACCUGGUACAAAGAUGACGAAGAGAUGGACAGAUACUGUGGCUUGCCCAAAUAUGAGAUUUUCCGUCACGGGAAUCGGCACACGCUGCAGUUGUACAAGUGUACGGAAGAAGAUGCGGCCAUCUACCAGGCCUCUGCCAGGAACAGCAAAGGCAUUGUGUCCUGUUCUGGAGUCCUGGAAGUCGGGAAGAUGACAGAGUAUAAAAUCCACCAGCGGUGGUUUGCGAAGCUGAAGCGGAGCGCCGAAGCCAAGCUGCGGGAGAUCGAGCAGAGCCGGAAACGAGGGAAGGAGAACGUGGAGGUGGAGCUGAGGAGAGUGAGUCCGGACAGGUUCCAGCGGAAACGCCGCCUGACCGGGGAGGUUGGGAUGCACUCGGGCACCUCUCUGUGGGACAAAGAGGAGAAAGCGAAGGUGCGCAUUCCCGACGGGAAACCGCGAUUUGGCGAGGCCGAUAAAGCCAAGGGCAAAGAGACUCCUUUAAACGCCACCUCCGUGUUUUCAAACAACUUCAUACCGGAGCGUUUAGAAGCAGAGCUAAAGACCAAUGGAGACUCUUCCCUGGAAGGUAGGGAGGAAAACGGGGAAGAAAAAGCCAAUGACUUUCUCGCCUAUAUCUACGAGACGGUGGAGAUUAUGAAAGCCAAACCGGCAACUAAGGACUUUGCUGUAAAGAAGAAGAAGAAAGAGGAGAAUGCAAACGCUCUGCCAAGUGCAAAUCAGGACAUUUCCCGACAAGAGGAGAGGACGCAACCAAGGAGAAAUGUCUCGUCGCAGAAAGAUACAAGACCCAGUAAUUCAUUUUCCAGAAAUACAUCCUUGCUAGCAAAUGGGGACCUCACAGAGUCCAAAGAGCUCUCAAGCCAUAGUACUCAAAAACCUACACAAGCUCCAUCCUCUCCAUCUUCUAAAUCUAAUGUGUAUUUUUCUCUGAAAGAUAUGUAUUUGGAUAUUGGGACAACGGCAGAAGCUGAACCAAAGUCAGGUAGAACUGAUACAGGCCAACCAGUUGCAUUAAAAAGGGAGGAAGGGGGAAAUGAAUCCUACGCAACGAAGGAAAACGAGGCCAUAAAAAACAAGACGGAGGUGCAAAGUGGAAUGGUGUCAGAAAUGCCCAACAAAAGUGCUUUUGAAAAGGAUUUUCAGCGUACAAACCAAGCCUCGGAGGCUGCCUUUGUGAAGGAGAGUGAAAUGAGUGUCUUCCUUGGCCAGAUCCGUGAAACGGACUUGCUGGAUUCCCUCCCCGCUGAAGAUGAGCCAGCCCCAUGGCCCCAGAGCCCGUCUCAAGGGCCAACGGAUGGGACUGACCCACAGUCUUUGCGGAAGGAGAGGAGAAACCUGCCGGAGGAGGAGCUGCACCGCCGAGGGCCUUCCGAGGCUCCAGAAGAUGUAACACCAGUCUCACCUGCUGCCUACAAUCUACAAAAUUCAGAAUCGGGCCUUGGAACAGAAACAAACAGAAACUCUAGCUACUCUGAGCUAACAACAAGAGAAAAACAGACCAAACAGUCUGAGAAGGAAGAUGUUCCCAGACCGAAGCCCCGAGAAUCGAGUGUGGUUGUGCCAACGCAGAAUGACAAUCUUUCCAAGAAUCCUCCAUCAGUCUCCUUUGUUAUUGCGCAACCAGAUGAGAAGAAGCAUUUGGCUUCAGAAGAAGGUUUGGGAAGUCAUGAAAUCCAAGAUACACAAGCUCCAAGUCAUGGGAAAGAGGAGCUGGCUGGUCCCAGAUCACCAGCCCAGAAAACCAGUCUUGAAGCAAGGUCUACAGACUACUUGAACCGAGUUGUCCCUCAGACUGAAACAGCUAAGCCAGAAAAGGAAGAAAAAAUAUUUGAGCCUUUACGGGACAAUAAGACUGCCCUACAAACUGAUUUGGAGCCUGAGGGUGAGAAACUGCUGGGAAUGACAGCCAGACCAUUACUGGUCCCAGAAGUUUCCCUGAAAGCCCCAGCAGUUCCAGAGAGGCCUCAUCGACGUCGGAGAGUGGAUAUCUCUCCGGUGCCUUGUGAACCCCAAGAAGAUGCUCGGUCUUCUCCAGCUGAAGAAGACUCCACUGGAAGAAACCAAUCUGUGGCCCAUUUGCUGCGGGAUGUUAAGAGAGAAAUCGAAACUUGGCCACAAACCCCAGAGCAAGGAAUCCACAGCUCUACUGCAGAUGAGCUCCAGGUGGAAGAAGAAACUUUAACUUCUCCAAAGGUGGAAAAGGUUGAGGAAGAGGCUUCCCCUUUUGCCAGUAAGUUAGAGGUCCAAGCUGGAGAAAGAGAGAAAACCUCGUCAGAGGAGGCAAUAACCCAGGACUUGCAGCAACCCAAGAGUGCGAUGGAGCAAGGUGAAGCAGAGGACAAAUCCCAGAAUGAAAACCUUGUGAGUUCCUUGAAGAAUUAUUUGCUUCUCCUCUUAAAGAUGACUACAGAGAAGGAUGAAAGCAAAGGCACGAUUAAACAAGAAGCAACGGAGGUGGAGGAGAAGCGCCCGCCCAGCGCAGUACCAAAGCACAUGUCAAAUGUGGGCAUUGCAGGGCUUACGCCCAGGACGUCGAGGAAGAUCUUUGAGCGGGUUGAGAACAACCAGCUUUUCCAAAGUGCGGAGAACCUCCAGCUGACACCCAAAACUUCCAGGAGACUUACAGGCAUGAUCAACCACGAGCUUCUUGCUUGCAAAGAUACGCUUGUUGCUGAACCAGAGGUGUCACCAUUUCCCCACGUGCCAUCCAUCGUGGUGGGGAGUGCCUCCAAUGAACCAUCCGGUUCCCCUGAUUUGUCCGUGGAGGCUUCCACUGAACCACCAGUCGCCCUUCCCAGUGCCACCCCACAGGAGCUGGCCUCUGGAGCCCGUCGUAAGAUAUUCCUCCCCAAAUCCAAACAGGCGGAAGAGAUGGAGGGAUUGGCUUCGGACGUCCAGACACCGCGUGGCAAAAGGGACAGCCCCACGGUGUCACCGCAACAAGGCCGCAGGAGCACCGCUCUCCUGCAAGCCCCGAUCCCGGCUUCCCCUCCGAGGGAGAAGCGCUCCCCGACCCAGUCCAGGAAGAUGGCAACAUUAGAGGUGCCGAAACUCUAUGAGGAACCUGAUGAAGAAAAGAAGAGUGUGGCAGACAGUUGUAUAACUGCCCCGGAAAGUCUUCAAGAGAGUGUAGCGGAAGUGCAAGUCGGCGAAUCCCCAAAAGUUAAUGAUCGAUUUAAAGCCCCACAAGUGAUCCGCAAGAUCCGAGCGGAGCAGUUCUCAGAUGCUUCUGGGAACCUGAAGCUUUGGUGCCAGUUCUUCAAUAUUUUGAGCGAUUCAAAGCUGACAUGGUUUAGGGAUGAUAUCCCAGUGGCAGAAGUCAAAAGGAGUUCAGGGGAUGAAGGUCAGGCAGCUUUGGCCAUCGUACAAGUCUCCCAGAAGGACUGUGGCGUCUAUCAGUGUGCCAUUCAGAAUGAAUAUGGCACGGACUCCACCGACAUGUUGCUGAGUGCUGAAGUGCUGUCAGGAUUUGUCUUCAAAGAAGAAAUAGAAGCCGGUGAAGAAAUCGAGAUGACGCCCAUGGUGUUUGCUAAAGGUUUAGCUGAUUCUGGUUUCUGGGGGGAUAAGCUUUUUGGCCGGAUCAUGAUGGAGGACCUGGAGGCGGGCCAAGGCUUCCUGCGCAAGGCGUGCCGGGCCCGGGCCAUUUACGGCCUUGAGCCAGUCUUUGAGUCUGGCCACACAGGCAUCAUCAAAAUCCGUAACCUCAUCGCUUUUGGCGGACGCAGCGAGAGCACCUUGGUGGAGAGGAACUACGAUGUCACCAUCCAGGAGUGCAAGAUUCAGAAUUCGAGUCGGGAGUACUGCAAGAUCUUUGCUGCAGAAGCCCGAGCUGUCCCCGACUUUGGGCUGGUGCCUGAAAUCAUCCCUCUUUACUUGAUUUACCGCCCGGCCAACAAUAUCCCUUAUGCAACCAUGGAGGAGGAUCUGCCCGGCCAGUUUGAGCGUUACUGCCGACGGGAGCGGAAUGGGGGCAGCCUGGCCCCAGCCGACCCCUCCGAAGUGGGGCAGAAGUGCUGCGCUUUCCAACACUGGCUCUACCAGUGGACAAACGGCAACAUCUUGGUGACCGAUUUGGAAGGUGUUGGAUGGAAGGUCACCAACGUGAAGAUUGCUACCAAAACAAAGGGAUACCAAGGCCUGAAGGAGAGCUGUAGUCCCAACCUGCUUGACCAUUUUGUUGCUUCUCAUCAGUGCAACCGCUAUUGCGAGCUCCUGUCCCUCAAGCGCCUUGAAGUACCUCAGCCACCGCCUAAAGGGAAGGGCUCUCGGAGCCCCAACAUGGCCAGGAAGGCCUCCUCCGCCCAGUCCAGCCCGCAGCUCCCAAAGAAGGGCCAGUCCAGCCCACAGUUCCCAAAGAAGAGCCUGGCCAGCCCCCAGGCUUCCAGGAAAGGCUCUGUGAGCCCCAGGAGUGCCCGUAAAAGCUCUGACAAUGCAGCAUCGGAGCCACAGUCAGCAGUGAGGCCACUCAGAGGAGGAGAGGACAGUGCCAAGGGCAGCCAGCUGCAAUAAUAGCCAUGGGGAGUCUUCAUGUAGACCAUGUGUAUUGCGUGGGGAGGGGAUUUUGCUGCCCUGCUCAUGUCCCCUCUCCGGGGUCCUCCUUCCAAUGUGUGAGGUCUGUUGUGUGGUGUUUGAGGGAGGGAAGGGCUGUGCUGACCCUGCCGGCACACUGCUCUCUGGGGAACUUGGGAAUAGGAUACUGGGAGG